AUGGCUAACGCUUUGCGGGAAUUAUCGGUUAUUUGUAGAUUUUGCCUGUGCCAAAACGAGAGAUUGCUCCUACCGAUUGCGAAAACAGUAGAUAAACUGUUAACAAUCGAAGAUAUUGAGCGGUUUUCAGGAAUUCAGUUGGCCACCACUUCUUUAGUGGCGCACAUUAAAACUGUGCACUUGAAAACUGUAAUGAAAACUUGUGAAAUAUGUGGCAAAGGCUUUGUUCACCACAAAACGUAUCGUUAUCAUAUGGUAAUUACAAAGAAAACAUAA